AACAGCCAAGCCCAAUCCACGCGAGAUAACAUCUGGCUUAGCCAUGUAUUUGCGCUUGGGAACCAUGCCUCACUUUUCGGUGAACUGAUUGUUGUCUCAGCAUUGCGCUGGUCGUUUAUGAUGACUAGCACCCAGCCCGAAAAGGAGAUGAGCAUCGAGGCUCCAGCCUCACUCGGUGAUAUGGAGACUGAGUCUAAGGAGGGUCAGGUCACGAUCCUUCCCAACACGAAGACGACAAAGGAUGGCAUCCUGUUGGUGCCUCAGCCGACCGAUGACCCAGAAGAGCCUCUAAAUUGGAGCUUCUGGAAGAAACAUCUAGCCUUGGUUGCGUUGGGUUUUGAAACAUUCUUGGUCAAGUUCACCGCAACGCUACUUGCCCCCGGUGCUCAUGGGCUCGCUAUACAAUUUCAUACCUCAGCGCGAAGAGCUUCAUACAUUGCGUCCGCUGCUGCAGUAGUGCCUUCAGUUGCGCCAUUCCUAUGGAUUCCCCUAAGCCAAAGAAUAGGACGACGGCCUGUGCUUUUAGGUGGUAACUUCAUCGCGAUUAUAUUUACCGUUGGUCUAGCCAGAUCCGAGACUUAUGCCCAAGCAUUAACACUACGCCUAUUUGCCAUGUUUUUUGCUUCAGUUGGCAUAUGCAUUACGCCAGCGGCCAUUUCUGACAUGUUUUUCCUCCAUGAGAAGGGCAAACGCAUGGGAUAUAAUACAUUUCUCCUCGUUUGUGCGCCAUAUCUUGGUGGUGUAGCUGGUGGAUCAAUACAGUAUAAUCCGCAUCUUGGAUGGCGCUGGGCUAUGUGGAUCGCAGCAUUAUUAUACGCCGCUCUUCUCUUUGCUCAAAUAUUCCUAGUCCCGGAAACGAUAUACAUCAAAAAGCAAGCCAACGCAGAAUCAGAAGAAACAAAACGCUCCAUCUGGCGCCGCCUAGGCUUCAGGAAACCCCACAACGAGGAGCCCAUGAAAGUAACAUGGACCCGUAACUUCAGAAUGUUCGCGUACCCAGCCGUUGUGCUCCCCUCAUUCUGGUUCUCGAUCUGCUUCAUGACCGAAGUCGCCAACACGGCCGGCUUCCCUCUGCAAUUCGGAAAAGGAACCCACUACAACUUCAACACGCAACAAGUCGGCUUCUGCUCCUUUUCCGGUUUCAUUGGCGCCGUGCUUGGGGAAGUCGUGGCUGGACCUAUCUGUGAUCUCGUUGCGCAAAGGCAUCUGAAGAAAGGGAAGAAGUGGGUCCCGGAAUUGCUUCUCAAGGUCGCAUGGACGGGCAUAAUUUUCAUUCCGGCUGGCGUCCUCCUGUACGGCCUCGAACUCAACUACCCCACCAGCUGGGCUGCCGCUCUGACCGGCAUCGCCAUCUUCGCCUUCGGCCAAGAAGUCCUCAUCACCGUCCUACUCACCUACAUGACCGACUGCUACCCGCACUCGGCCGCCGAGUGCGCCGUCGUGUUCCAGUUCUUCUUGAAUCUAAACGCUUAUCACCCGCCCUUUUAUGUCCCGCAGUGGAUCCUGCAGCCAGGCGGCGCGAAGGUGCCGUAUAUUGUCUUUGCGGUUCUCCCGAUCUUGUUUUUCCCGCUUGGUAUCGGCAUUUUUAUGUGGAGGGGACCACAGAUUAGAGCUAAGGGGAGGAUGUUUGCCCCACGUCGCUUUCGUUGAAAACAAAGUGGAGGGCUAUAGAAUGGCAGGCGUACUUGGAGUUUGUCGAUUCAGAAAUGCUUUUUAUAUCCCUCAUUUGAGCUGAAUCUUUUGAGCGAGAGAGAGCCUGGAUAUCUGUGGGAUGCUAUGUGAAUGGCAUAGAUGUAAGGAUAAUCCAGAUCCACGUUUAUAAGCACUUGAGAUGUAGUGGUCAGACUUCACGUGACAAAGCCUAACGGCUAACUGCUAUCCAUAA